GCCACGGGGCUUUCCGCCUGUGACUAGGAAAUCUCGCGAGAUUACGAAAACGGCAAAGCAAUGCAGAGAAAAUGGAAGGCUGUGUUAGCUUACUAGCUGGCUAGCUGAGCGAAUCCAUUAUAUAACUGGAAACUAAUCAUUAAGAUUCAAGCGGCGUUACCUGUGGGUGCCGAAAUGGACCCAACGGAGAAUGACAACGAUGGUUAUAAUGCAGAGGAACAGCAGAGCCAGUCAGAAGAGGCAGAGUCGAGUGUUAGGCCGACCAUGUCUCAGGUUAAGAAGUCCUGGGGCUUCAGGAGGACAACCAUCGCUAAAAGGGAGUUCAUUGAUGAAGUCGGAGAGCUAACCCACAGUCCUCCAAUUGUACGCAGAGGCCGAAGUCGUCGAACCAACCAGACGCCCCCGCCCACUCCAGAAACCUGCACCACCCAAAGAGCUAAUAGUGCAACUAAGAGUGUUCUCGAUGAGCUCGAGUGGUCUGCCCCGUCAUCACCGGUAUCGGAGGAGAGCAAGCCGGCCUCCGAAGCUUCUGCAGGAGGGAGCCUUGACCCCAGCUUAUGGCAAGAUUUUGGCUCUGCCUUCCACACUGCCUUCUCACUGCUCGGCGGGAACGAGGGCUUGUCAAUGGAAAUGUCAGAUGCACUGGCAGUUCCUGACCUUUUGGAAGCCACUGAUGCCACCGAGGCCCCUCCUCCAGAGGAUAUAGAAGACACAGAGGUGCCUGAUCAUAUUGAAUCGUCUGAUGACAUGGAGAUCUCGCAGCCUGUUUCUCCUGACAAUGUGGCGGGAGGGGACAUCGACGAUGUGGUGUUGAUUUCUAGUCAAGAAGAGGACAGUGAUGAAAUGACUCUGAUGCAGAUUAAAGAGCAACUGGCAUCGAAAGCUAGGCAGGGUGACACGAGAGCUAGAGGGGGGAGAGGUGGAAGAGGAAAGGCCAGAGGAAGGGGGAGAGGCAGAGGAAGAGGAAAGGGCAGAGGUAGAGGAAGGGGCAGAGGGAGGGGCAGGGCGGCUGCGCUUCAAUCAAGCGUUGUGGAUGACGAGGACGUCAAUGAUGAGGUGGUGCUUGUUCAUCCAGCUGAACAGCAGCUGCAGCAGGAGGAAAAAGAAAAUGAUCCACAUGGCUCUGCUGAAAUAGAGAUAUCAUCUACUAACUCUGACAUCACUCUAAGUCCCACUCAGCAAUCAAGCUCAGACUACAUAGUCAUAGACACUGAUUUAGACCAGAUUACUGAUGUGACUCCUGGCCAGUAUGAUGACGCACCAGAGGAGGAGGAGGAGGUGGAGCAGCAGGAGGAGGAGGAGAAGAAGAAAUAUGCUAAGAAGUGUUCAGGCAUAUCUGAUGCAGAGGGCUCUGACUCCAAUGCUCUGUACUGCAUCUGUCGACAAAAACAAGAUAAAGGGUUCAUGAUCUGCUGUGACAGAUGCCAAGAGUGGUUCCACGGCGACUGUGUUGGUAUCGCUGCGGCACAGGGCCGUAAGAUGGAGAGGAAAGGGGAAGAGUACAUCUGCCCUCCUUGUACCACAAAGAAGCAAAUCCAACUACAACCGGAGCUUCACAUUCAACCGGAGCCUGAGCUGAGCUACCCCGAAUGCUUGACACUGAGUCCUCCUGGUGGACAACAGGAGGGGCACGAGGAGCAGCAAGACCUCAAGGAGACUGUGUUGGUGUUUGAGGAGGAGGAGGAGGAGGCUCCUGUGACCAGGCCUGGGCCUAUUCCUGAGCUUAUUCCUGAGCUUAUUCCUGAGCUUAUUCCUGGGCCUAAGCUUGAGCCUGAGCCUGAAGUUGAGAUGGAGACAGACAGCUCGCUUCCUCUGUGCAUUGGACCCAGGUGCUCCAGACAAGCCCUACAGGACUCUGUUUACUGUGGCACUGACUGCAUCCUGCAGCAUGCUGCCGUCACUAUGAAGACCCUCUCUGGUCCAAAGGUGCCCAAGCCCAGAGGACGGCCACCGAAAAAUGCUGUCGCUGCCAGACCCACCGCUAAGGGUCAGAGGUCGGGUAGGAUGUCUAAGAGAUUAGCAGAAAAGGCUGAGGAGGAAGGUGAAGAGGAGGUGAAGGAAGAUGAUGGGCACGAGGAGGCUGCAUCUCCCUUAGCCUGCGACCCCAGUCUCUCAGAAGUUCAGGCCACUUCCAUACCAUCAUCUAAGUUAAACACAGCGUCUAUAAAGGACAGUAAACAGGAAGAGGCUGACAGUGAUGCUGCUACUCCAUCGAAACAACCUCCAGAGGACACCUCAAUAGAUGCAGCUCCCUCCGCCCAGCCUGCAUCUGAGCCAGCCCCACCACCGAGCCACGCUCAAGGAAAAGAGCCAAUCAAACGUGGUGUGCCUGAUCAGCAAUUAGAUCCCUCUAUACCACCCAAAGCAGCAAAAUCUAGUCCGUCUCCAGCUACUCCAUCCACCUCAGCUCCCAGACAUCAUGAAACAGGCGCUCUUAUGGUCACUAAGACCACAUACGUCAUACCGAAGAAGCAGCCUGCACCGCAGCCUUCGUCCAGCCACGUGUCAUCCUCGGCAUCAGGCCAGAAGCCUUCGUCAGCCCCCACGCUGCUGAACGAAACCAGAAAUCUGCUGGUGCCACCUGCACCAAGUGCUCCCUCCUCCAGGCCCUCUCAGCCCAAUAACCAGAUCAGACAGAGCAUCCAGCGCUCCCUCUCCAGCAUCCUGUCUAAAAGGUUGUCUGAUUGUGACGAUUUGGAGAUGUCUGAGAGUGAAAUCGCAAAGCUUGUCGCGGGCAUUGAGAUGGAGAUGUUCGACAUAUUUCGCAACACAGACAGCAAAUACAUGAACAAGUACAGAACUAUAAUGUUCAACCUGAAAGACCCAAGAAACAAGGGUUUGUUGUGUCGGGUUGUACGUGGAGAGAUCAGUCCCUUCAGACUGGCUAGGAUGAGCCAGAAGGAUAUGCAGGCUACCAAAGCAUCAGAGCCAAGUGCAAAAGAAGCAACAGAGGUUAAGGAUGCUGCUGCUAAAUCGACAAGUUUGCUGCAGAAGCCUGAAGCAGUGAAGGUUGAUUUGCCCAGUUUGAAUCCUGCUAGACCCAAUAGAAGCACGGUUGCUUUCCAGGAACAAAAGAAAUCUCUUCCUGCUCCUGCGCUCAAGACCAGAACAAGCCAGCCAAGCCAGGGAAGUGCUAUACCAGAUAUUCUCACCUGUAUGCUGAAGGACACAACAUCGGAGCACAAAGCUCACCUCUUUGACCUGAAAUGCAAGAUAUGCACAGGCCAAAUGCUAGUUGGGGAGGAAGAGGAACCCACAAAGAAAAAACCUAAGCUUUCUGAAACAAGAAAUAAAUACGAACCCCUUUGGAGAAAGACUGCGGGAGAUGACUCCCCUCUGCGGGCGCCACCUGACUCACCUGACAUGGAUUCGCCAACAUCGUCCCUAAUUGACCCUUCAUCCCACCUUAUCAUUGACGCUCCACCAUUAACUAUUGUAGAAUCCCCUGCUUCCCCAAUAAUGGACUCUCCAGCCUCCCCUACUUUAGACUCCCCUGCUUCCCCUGUCAUGGAGUCCCCCGCAUCACCAACGCCAGACACUCCUAAAACUACUAUACGAAAGAGAGCAUACACACCCGUUGUGAUCCCUGCUGUCUCCACAGUAACUAUCACAAGGCGUGACCCCCGCACUGCAGCAAGCAGGUUCUCUGCUUUGUCUAGUGGCACUUCUGGUCCCAGUAACACGGCCCGUCACCAAUCAGUCCCUUAUGCCCCUCUUAAAGAGACUAUCUCUGCAUCUCCCUCAGCACCAGCCCUCUCUCCGCGACCCACGAGACCAUUACCUAAAUCUAUCUUAAUGAAGCCAUCUUCCUCUGUGGAUGCCAGACUCUAUGGCACAUCUUCAAGGACCGUGAUCUCUGAAUCCCCAGCUGAGGGUGAGACUUCUCAGUUCUUGGCCAAGCAAGACAUCAUGUGGAAAGGCUUCCUAAACAUGCUCUCUGUGGCCAAGUUUGUCACCAAGGGAUAUCUGAUUUCAGGACCUGCUGAAAACCUCAAAAUGGAUCUACCUGAUACCAUACAAAUUGGAGGACGAAUCCUGCCUCAAACAGUGUGGGACUAUGUUGCAAAACUAAAGAGCUCUCUUACAAAGGAGCUAUGUGUGAUCCGUUUUCACCCUGCAACAGAGGAGGAAGAGGUGGCCUAUGUCUCCCUGUUUUCCUAUUUCAGCAGCAGAGGACGUUAUGGUGUGGUCGCCAAUGGCAGCCGUUCCAUCAAGGAUGUAUACCUUGUCCCACUCAGUGCAAAGGAAUCAAUCCCAUCCAUGCUACAACCUUUUGACGGACCAGGGCUUGAAAAAAACAGGCCCAAUCUUCUCCUGGGUCUGGCAGUCAUCCAGAAGUCGAAACGUCCUGGAAGCUUGCCUCAGGAAAUUGAAGAGAAGAGACCAAAAGUUCAUAUGUCCAAAGACCCUAUGUGGAUUCCAAAACCCCCAGUCCUCUAUGGUUCUGACAAAUUGGAAAUAUUCCAACCAUACGAUCCAGAGACUCCUGCUAGCACCACACCUCCUGGCACACCACCUUGCACUGGGUCACCAUCGGACUCUUCCUCUUCUGGCUCAGUGACCAUGCCACCUUGUUUGACUUCCAUUAGAGCACACCCUCCUGUUUCUACCUCAGCUGCUGUUGCUGCCACUCAGUCCACCAUCUCUGACAAGAAUCCCUCAACAACAUCCAGUAAUAAGACACCGUUGCAGACUAUCUUAAAGAGUUUGUUUGGCAAUAAUGACUCCGUGGUCUCUUCUGACAGAAGUUCUACAACAACAAAAACAGUUACUGUUAAGAAGGUCCCAUUGUUUUCUCAGGUGUCUGGAUCAAUGGUGGAUCCAAUUGUCCAACAGUAUGGACAGAAAUCCAAAGUAAAAAAACUGGAAGAAGAAGAACAAAAUGAAUUUGACCGACCAUAUGACCCAGAAGAAGAGUAUGAUCCAGCAAUGGGAUAUGGACAGGUUGCCCCUAAGAGCAUAGAAACAAUUACGGCAGAUGGCCCAGCAAUAUCAGGCUUUGUAGAUGAUGGUGUGGCCUAUGAUCCAGAGGACGAGACCAUCUUUGCAGAUAUUCAAAGUGAUGUUGUAACAAAGCCACCUGUUCCAACUCAAACGUCAGAUUCUCCAUCAUGCCCAACCACAAUUUCUACCCAGAUUGUAACGCCAACUCCAGCACAAACCUCCACCCCAGCUGAAGUAAUUCAGAACAUUCCUACAGGCACUGUGGUUGUCUCAGCUGCAACACUAACUGAACAACAGCGGAUGCUCGAGGAGCUGAAUAAGCAGAUUGAAGAGCAAAAACGCCAGUUGAAGGAGCAGGAAGAAGCACUACGUCAACAGAGAGAGGCUGUGGGUCUGUUCAUGGCUCACUUUUCUGUUUCUGAUUCCCUGAUGUCUCCCCCACAAAAAUCUUUGCCUCUCAGUCAACUGUCAGGAUCAACAGACAAGACCAGCAACCUUACAGAGACUGUGGACAGUUCAAAUGUGGAUUCACAAACUGUCAAGCUAGAAGACUCAACUGCCAUCCCUAAUUUAGAAAAUGAUACAGAUACUGUUACAGAGCAAGAUGAAACACAGGACAAUGUUAAGGAAAAUGACAAUUAUUCCUCUGCUGGAGAGAUUGAAGAUUCCGAUGUAGCUUAUGAUCCUGAGGAUGAAACACUUUUUAAUGAAAUGCAAGAUGAUGUAUUUCAAGGAGGCAGUUCAAAGACUUGUGAUUCAUCUUUGUCUAGAUCAGGACAUAGUUCCGGCCGCAAGGGCACUCCCAACUCAUACCACAGCAGAAAGCGAAGGCUAUCACCAAAGAAGCGAAGUCAUCGUGAAAGAGACAGCCAUAGAAGUCCUUCAACAAGAUCACAGCAGCGUUCUCCUUCACAUUCCCGGAGACGUAGGGAAAGGGAUAGACACAGAAGAACUGAAAGGGAAAGGUCAAGGCAUAGAGCUAGAGAGCAGUCUGAACGCCAGGGUCGGCACCGUAAAGAGCAUACUACACGCCGACAUUCUCAUGGCCAUAGAAGAUCCCCAUCAUCUCCUAGAAAAAAAGAUUCAGGGUCCCUUUCACCAAGGCAGAGCAGAGGACCUUCCCCACAAGUCCUUGAGAAAUCAACUGCGUUAAAUGUUCUAUGUAAUGCUCCAGACUCUUCAGACUCUGUUGUUGGACAACUUGCAGAGAGUAACAAAUCAUCAUUUACCUCGGUUACUAUUAAAAAUGACCCUGAUGGACAUAAAAGUAAUCUUGUCGAGAGCACUGUUAAAGGCUUUUCUCCCUGUUCAAAUGAACUUCGUCACAAUGUGAAGCUUGAAACUUCAGAACCACCACAAUCCCAGGAGCCUCAAAAAACUUCAGUCAGUGGCCAUGAUGACACAGGUAGUGGUUCUUCUACACACGUCAAUAAACCCUCUCAACAGGAGACUCUGUUUAUGAACAAAAUCGACAGUACAGUCCCUUUAAGAGAAAUUGAUCCACCCAUUCGAGAUUCUCCUCAUAGCCCUGAUCCAGAGCCCCAAUUUGUGAAACCUAGCAUCAUAGAAAAUAGUAACUCUGUAAAAAUUGAGGAAAUCAGAGAUCCUUUGAUGAAUAUCAGCGUCUCAACGCAACAUGUUAAAGUUGAAAAUAAGUAUCUGCCUGAUGGAGGUCAAACAACAAUGUCCAAUAUGCUGUGGCCUUCUGUUGGAGGUCCAAUAUCAAAUGUUAGAGAUAUUGUUUUGAGAGCCCUAAAUCUUAAGGGCCCAGGUGUCAGAGAAAAGGAUAUGAUAGAGGCAGACAAACAGAUAGAAGGGGAAAUUCCAGGUUUAAAGCAUCAAGAUGUUCUGCGUCAAGGGGGAGGACUUUCAAAUCAAGCUACAGGCACAGAUGUUCAGGGCUCAGGAACUGAAAUAGACCCCAUACGAAAGCAUCCAGGACCUGGUAAGAGUGGUCCAGGUAUCAGGAAUGCAGGAUUAGAUGUGAAAGAACUUGGACAUAGGACUCCACAGAUGGAUUGUAGAGAAACAGGAAUUGGAUUCCCAGGACCUGAUAUCAGACAUCCAGGCAUGCAAGGAAUAAGUCCCAACAUUUGGGGACCUGGAUCACAUACACGAGACCUAUAUAGUAUGCAAGGUGUGAACCCAGAAGUAAAAGGCCCAGGCCCUGAUAUGGGACCCAGCGAUACAGAAAUGAGAGGGCAAAUUCUUUUAACAGCUGUCACACAGGCUCCAGAUAUUAUAGGAAGAGGUGGUGGCCAAAAAGAUAGGGGUGAAAGUCCACAUACUGGAGGUAUGAGAUCUGCUGUGAGGGCUGGUGGUGUAAGAGAUCCAAGUCCAGAUACAAGGAGACCAGGUCCAUCAUUUAGAGGUUCAGGAAGAGUUCAGAGGCAAUCGAGGCAUGAUGGCAGUCCAGUUUUAGAGGAAAGGAGCCCUUCGAAAAGGUAUUUUCAGGCUCAUGGAAGAGAUGCAGUCUUGAGCAGGACGGAUGGUGUUCGAGAGAGGAGUUUAGAUUCAAAUGCAACUACAGGCUCAGAGGGUAGAGUUCUAAGAGCAAUGACAGAUGAAAGGUGGGCCCUACAAAGGGGGCAAGAUGUACCCAUGAGAGAACCAGGGCCAAACAUAAAAAAUGAAAGUGGUGGACAAGACAAUAGUGGACCUAGAGAACAAUUUAAGGAGCCACGGCCUGAUAUUAGGGCUGAAAGGAGUGUGCAUGGCACUGACCGGAAAGAAUCAGAAACUAUGCAUGAAUUAAGAAGGCCAGAAAGAAGUUAUAUGCCGCCUGGUCAAGAUAUGGGUGGUGUGGGUAGCUCAGAAACAAGGGGUGGUGGCUUUCCAAACAUUGCAAAUCCAGAUUGGCGAGGUCCAGUACCCGGUGUUGUUGGUCCUGAUAUGAGGGGCCAGAGGAGUCAAAAUAUAGGCCUGGGUCCACAUAUGAGGGGUCCAGAUUGGAGUGGCCCAGGAUCAGACACAAGAGAUGAUUGGAGAGGGCCAGAUAGGAGAGGAUCAGGUCCAGUCAAAGGGGAGCCAUUUGAAGAUGAACUGAAAAUCCAUCAGCCUGAUAGAAGAGAUGCUAAAGACCUAGCCUUUAGAGAACCAGGGUCUGAAAUGAGUGGUCCAAACAUGGAGGACCUCAGGCAUGACAGGAGGAGAGUAAGAAGUGCGGAUUUCAUGGGACAAGAGCCUGAAAGGAGAGGUCCAACUAGGGGCAAUUUAGGACCUGGUAUGCAAGGACCAGGGGGUCCAGACUUUUUGGGACCAGGACUUGAAAGGAGAGGGCUAGCUAUGGAGGGUCCAGGGCCUAACAAUAGAGGACAUGGGGGUCCACAUUUCAGAGGACCAGGACCUGAGAGAAAAGGUCCAGCUAUGGAGGGUCAAGGACCUGACAUGAGAGUACUGGCAGGUCCAGAUUUCAAUGAAUCAUGGCCUGAAAGGAGAGGAACUGAUAUUGUUGGUCCAGGGCCUGAAAGGAGAGGUCCAGCUUUGGAGGGUCCUGGGCCUGGUCCAGAUUUCAGUGAAGCGGGACCUGAAACAGGAUGUUUAUCUGUGGAGGGUCCUGGUCCUUACAGGAGAGCACCUGGAGUUCCAGAUUUCAGGGGACUGGGCCCUGAAAGGAGAGGUAAUGCUAUGGAUGGUAUUGGGCCUGACAGGAGAGGACCUGGAGGUCCAGAUUUCAGGGGACCAGGGCCUGAAAGCAGAGGCGUCUCCAUGGAGGGUCCUAGGCCUGACAGGAGAGUACCUGAAAGUCCAGAUUUCAGAGGACAUGGGGCUGAAAGUGGAGGCUUUUCUAUGGAGGGUCCUAGGCCUGAGAGGAGAGGACCUGGAGGUCCAGAUUUCAGGGGUCCAGGGCCUGAAAGCAGAGGCUUAUAUAUUGAGGGUCCUGGGCCUGACAGGAGACGACCUGGAGGUCCAGAUUUCAGAGGACCAGGACCUGAAAGAAGAAGUCCAGCUAUGGAGGGUCCAGGGCCUGUCAGAAGACGACCUGGGGGUCAAUAUUUAAGGGGACCAGGGCCUGAGAGGAGAGGUCCAGCUAUCGAGGGUCCUGGGCCUGAAAGGAGAGGACCUGGAGUUCCAGAUUUCAGGGGACCAGAGCCUGAGAGGAGAGGUCCAGCUAUGGAGGGUGCAGGGCCUGAAAGGAGAGGUCCUGGAGGUCCAGAUUUCAGGGGACCAGGGCCUGAGGGGAGAGGUCCAGCUAUGGAGGCUCCAGGACCUAACAGGAGAGGACCUAUAGGUCCAGAUUUCAGAGGAUCGCGGCCCGAGAGGAGAAGUUUAUCUAUGGAGCGUACUGGGCCUGAUAGUAGAGAAUCUGGGUGUCCAGAUUUCAGAGGACCAGGACUUGAAAGUAGAGGUCCAGCUAUGGAGGCCCCAGGACCUAACAGAUCCACAGGUUCAGAUUUCAGUGGACCAGGACCUGAUAAAGAAUGUCCUGCUAUGGGUGGUUUCUGGCCUACCAGGGGAGAAUCAGAAGUUCCAGAUUUUAGUGGGCCAGGACAUGAAAGGAGGGGUCCCACUAUGGACAGUCAAGAACCAGACAGGAGAGGACCAGGAGGUCCUGGUUUCCAGGGACCAGGGCCUGACAGAAGAGAUCUAGCUAUGGAUGGAAUAGGGCCUGACAGAAGAGGACCAGGAGGUCCAGAAUUUAGAGGGCCUGGGUAUGAAAGUAGAGGCCCCUCUAUGAAGGGUCAGGGACCUGACAGGAGAGGUCUCGGAAAUCAAAACACUGAUAUACAUGGUGCUGACAGGAGGGGGCCAUAUGUAAGAGGUCCAGGGACUGAGUUUACUGGAAUGGGGCCUGAAAGAACUGGUCCAGGCAUAGAGGGUCCAGGGCCUGAUGGUAGAGGACAGAGAGGACCACACAUCAGGGGUCUAGGGCCAGAAAGUGGACAACAAAAUAUUGAGGGCCCAGGGCCUGACAGGAGUGGUCCAGUUAUCAGGGGACCAAGGCCGGAAGGACCUGGUUCCAAUAUGGAGGGUCCAGGGCCCAACAGGAGAGUGCCAGGAGGUCCAGACAUGAGGAGACCAGGGCUUCAGUAUUCAGGUACAAACAGAGAAAGCCCAGGAGCUGACAGGAGAGGUGCAGAAGGCCCACAUUUUAGAGGGCCUGAGCCAGGAAGAAGACCUCCAAAUGUGGAGGGCCCAGAGUCUGAUUGGCGAGGUCCACACAUCAGGGGGGUGAGGCCUGAAAGAACUGUUAUGGAUGGUCCAGGGCCUGCUGGGAAACAUCCAAGAGGUCCAGAUUUUAGAGGUCUAGGUUGUGAAAGUAGAUGUCCAGACAUUGAGGGCCCUGGGCCUGACAGACAAGAACCUGUAGGCUCAGGCUUCAGGGAGCCUGAGCCUGAAAGAAGAGGUCCGGACAUGGAGGGCCUAGGACCAGAAUGCAGAAGAUCUGGUGGUCCAGAAUUUAGAGGCCCAGGUAUCAGACAAAAAGGUCCAAAUUCAGAAGGUCUAAGGCAAAGAAGAGAUGACUGGGGAGGGCCUGACUUUAGCGGGUCAGAACCUAUCCAAGAGAGCCAAGAUAUUGCUGGCCAAGGAGCUGAUAGAAGAGGACGACACUUGAGGGGUUCAAGGCCUAUAAGGAGAGGCAUUAGACGACCACGGCCAGAUAUAAGCAGUCUAAAUCGGGGAGACCGAUGGAAAGGGCCAGACUUUAGGGACUCUGCACUUGAUAGGAGAGGCACAGACACAGAGGAACAAUGGUCCGAUGGAAGAGGGCCCAAUAUGGAGUCUGUAGGAAAUGAAAGAGAAUGCUCAGGAGAUGAUUGGAAAAUACAUGGCAACAGAGGUCCAGGCCCCAUACAGGAAGGUCCCGGUGAGGAGGUUCAAGAACAUAGUAGACAAAGUCCUUGUGGGGAAUGGAGAGGCCCUGAAAGUAGAGGGCCAAGGUCCAUACAGGAAAGACCAAAUAUGCCAUUUCCAGGGUCUUUGAGAGUUCCAGGAGAUGAUUGGAGUGGUCCUGUUUGCAGGGGCCCAGGGCCUGUCCAGGGUGACCAAGAAAUAGUUUGCCCAGGGCCUGGUAGGGGAGGACCUGGAAAUGGAUGGAGAGAGACAGAAAGAGGGGGUACUGGACCAAAUAGAAGGGGGCGUGGACCAUUUUUCAGUGGGGAAAGAGUUCCAGACAAUCGAGGUCAAGGCUGUGAUAGUAGAGGUCCAAAUAUGGGAGAACCAGGAUCAGAUAUGAGAGGAGGGCAUAUUGAGAAUGACUGGAUGCAGCCAAAUUUCAGGGGUAAUAUGAGAAGGCCAGACAUGGAAGGACAUGGGGCUCCACACUUGAUGAAUUCAUGCCCAAACAGGAGAGAUUUUGAAAUGGAAGGUCUUGAUAGAAGAGGCCCCAGAGGUCCAGAUUCAAGACGUGCAGGGCCUGAAAACAGAAUUUCAAACAUUGACGGUCCUGGGACUGAUGAAAGGUUUUCAGAUUGUGGGGGAUUAGGAUCUGAAAUGCAAGGUGUAGACGUGGAAAUCCCUAGAACAGGUAGACAAGGAUUUGAGCAUGAUUUUAGGAGGGGAAAAAGACGUCCAGAUAUGAGAAGGUUAGGGCCUGGUAAAACAGAUAGUAGGGGAGCACCUUUAAGUUCAGAUACAAGACAUGGGCUUGGGAGGUGGGAUACAAACACUGAGGGUCCUGGGUCUAAUAGAAGAUUUCCAGAUAUGGGCCCAAGGUUAGAAUUUGAGCCAGCCAUGAAGGAUGACAUGCAAGGGUCAAAUAUAAGGGGCCCAGGAUGUGAUAGCAGAGGGCCAGACAUGACAGCAUCACCUCAUUUCAAUAGUCCUCAUCUAGUUGACAGAUCCCAAGGCCCUAGGGAUCCACAUUCUGCAACAUACAAUGGACCCCUAGGUCAAACUCAGCAUGCAGUAAAGCCCCAGAGACACAGAGCUGCCUUGCUUCCCACUCCAACUGAAGGUAUCAUACGCUAUCCGAAUCAUAUGAUCAACAAUUCUGAUGUCCUUAGCCCGAAACGGAAAAAAAUAUGUCACCCAGCAGACAGGACGUGGAGUAAAGGUAGACCAGUGAGUCGAGAGCGAGAGUUGAUCAAAGGGCAAAGACAGGAGCAGGAGAAAAGUCCUGCUGGUAAAAUAAGCACAGCUGAAGAUGAAAACAAAGGGGAUGGAGAACAAAAAAAGGAAGUUGGCAAUGAAAUUGGUAAACAAGAUACAUGUGUAGAAAUUAAAACCAAUGAGAGUGUGGACAGUGAUGGAAAUAAAAGCAAUGUCCAGUCAAGUUAGACACAGGCUAAAAUCAUAACGCAUGGACCCCUCAGGACAGUAAGGCUGUCGAAACUAGACCUGCAAAAAGUGUCUUAGUGUCAUCACAUUGAAUAGAUACUACAGCAUAACACACACUGAAUGUAAUUUUUCUUAAGGAAAGCGUUUGUCCAUAUUUCAAAUUUCAAAAAGACCUACAGGCAAAGCCAUGCGGAAAAUCAGACAUUGUAGCUUGAUAUGAAAAUGCUCUGAGGUAUUUGAAUUUGUUUUAGUUUGUCUAGUAUUCAAAGGAGAUGCAUUUGUUUUUUUUGUUUUUUUGUUUUUAUUGGAUUAUGACUAAAUGCUAAACUAAAAUCAAUCGAUGUGCAUUUCUAAUUGGAAAUGUUUUGUACAGAGAAUGUACAGUUUGUUUUGUUUCUUUGAUAUUUAACAUAGCCAUAGUGUUAGUACAGUAGCCUUGAUCUGGCUUUUAUGUUAUUCUGCUGAUAAUAAAUGGCUUGUUUCAUUGUUAUUUUAGAAUGUAAGAGGUCAAUAAAUUGAUAUACCUUUUUUAAAAUUUGUAUUAAGUCUGAUUUUGUUUGUUUGGAAUUGAUCGAUUGCUUCACAAUAGUGCCUAAAGCGAAAAAACAAGUCCCCUGUUAAUGUUCAAGCACCUUUUUGUUUGUGGUAAUAAAUCAAACUGUGGUUUAUAUUUUUUAGAGGUACAAUCAAAAGUCUCCUUUACUGCUCACAAGGUCUGUGCAUUAUCUUGAGAUAGCAGGUCAUGAUUUCUGGAAAGAGACAUUGCUGUUGAGUUUUUCAAAUGUAUUUUUUGGGGGCUUUGAGGCACUGCAAGCCAUAUACUCCCAAUAUAUGCGAGAAAAGGCCGACAUCUCUAUGGGCCAUACUUUCAAAACCAAACAACCCAUACCUAAACAAUUUAGACUGAUAAAUAGCACUACAGGUUAGGAACACUGUAUUUUUGAUUUGGGGUGAACUGUUCCUUCAGGUAAAGUAAACAUGCAGAAAAAAUGUCCAUGUCAGUGUUAUUGAGUUUUAACACAUGCAUGUGUGCGUACAUUUUAUUUAUUUAAACUAUUUAGCUACUAUAUUUGGUAGGUUAUAUAUAUCCCAAUGCAAAAUACUUUAUCAGAUAAUCAUAAAAUCAACUUUUAUUUCAGACUCAUGAGUCCAUAUAGUAUCAAAAAAAACAAAUACAACAACAAUAUUUGUAUCAUAUUUGCCUGGAAUGUAGUGAGUUAGAAAUACAAAGUAGCAUGAAAUAUGUAUACUCUAGUACAAGUACAGUAAUUUAGUAAACUUUCUACCAUUGAAUAUAGAGAUUUGAAUGGUCAGUAUUGUAAGACACAAAAACAAGCACAUUUACUGUUAUAGGAGAGACUCCGGUCUCUCUCGCCUUAUGGCAUGA